AAAAAAGUGUCAGAAACACCACAAUAUAUAUACUCUUCGUCAGAAGUUGUUUGAUUGCGCUAUUUAUUUUAAUGUUGGGAUUUUUCAGUUAAUAAAUUUCUAAUAACUUCCGAAUUUUUUUCUGUAAAAAUGGGGGAUAAAUCGACGCCUCUGUUAGCUGUUUUACAACUACUUCGGAAAUACAACUUAAAGGGUACAGAAGAGAUAUUAAGAAAGGAAGCCAGCUUAGGUGAUGUUGAAUAUGAGAAUUUGGACCUACCCGAAGUUGAAAUUGCUAGCAUUCUCACAGCACACCACACAGAAAGUGAUCCAUACAGCUACGAAUUUGCUUAUGAUAGUUUGAAGAAGUUCGUUGAAAAUUCAUUGGAUAUUUAUAAGCAUGAACUAUCCACACUGUUAUAUCCAGUAUUUGUUCAUAUGUACUUACUCCUCAUAUUGUAUGAUCAUAAUGAACAUGCAGCUGCAUUUUUGGAAAAGUUUGCCCCUGAACAAGAAGAUUAUUACCAAGAAGAUCUCAAAAAACUGGCCAUUGUCAAGCAUAAAGACCAAAUUAAAGGGCAUGAACUUGCUGAAAUAUACAGUACAAACAAAUUCAUUGUGCAAAUGUCACGGGAUGCAUCUUCACAACUGAAAAGAUAUUUACAUGAUCAAAAGAAUUCAACUGUGAUUAUCAACAUUAUUAACAAUCAUGUUCAGAUCGAUAUACAUGAUGGACCUGGACGUACACUAGCUCAAGUAAGAGCAACUGCUGGUGGACUCCUUGGUGAAGCUCCAAAAACUGAGAAUCGCACUAAAGUAUACUAUGGUCUAUUGAAAGAACCUGACAUACAAGUUCUUCCUGCACCUAUCGAAGAUGAAGAGGAAGUUGAAGAAACUCCUGAUAAACCAAAAAAGAAGAAAGCUAAGAAGGAUAACAUUUUUAUGAAAAAACCAAAAUCUGACCCAAACGCUCCACCAAAUGACAGAAUUCCAUUACCAGAACUUAAAGAAGCUGAUAAAUUGGAAAAAGGCAAAGCGUUAAGAGAAGCGUCAAAAAGAGUAGCACUCGGACCGGAUACUCUACCGUCAAUUUGUUUCUACACAUUAUUGAAUAGCGGCCACACUGCUAUAAGUGCCGACAUAUGCGAUGACUCCACUUUAUUGGCCGUUGGUUUUAAUAACUCAACCAUUAAGGUAUGGACAUUAACUCCAGUAAGAUUACGGGGUAUGAAAUCAGCUGACAAGUUGCAAGAUAUUGAUAGAGAGGCUGGUGAUGUCUUAGUAAGAAUGAUGGAAGAGAAAGACAGAGAAACAUGUCGCACACUAUAUGGGCAUUCGGGCCCUGUAUACAAAGUGUGUUUCGAUCCCUUCAAAACAUUAUUACUUUCCUGUUCAGAAGAUUCUACAGUGAGGCUAUGGUCUUUACAAUGUUGGACCUGCCUGGUGGUAUACCGCGGUCACGUGUGGCCAGUGUGGGACGUGCGCUGGUCACCGCACGGACAUUACUUCGUGACGAGCGGACAUGACCGCACCGCUCGACUCUGGGCCACUGAUCAUCAUCAACCGCUCAGGAUAUUCGCUGGACACUUAUCUGAUGUUGAUUGUGUACAAUUCCAUCCUAAUUCUAAUUACGUCGCGACUGGAUCCAGUGAUAGGACACUUCGCCUGUGGGACUGUUCCACUGGCACACAAGUCAGGCUUAUGACUGGUCAUAAGUCGACAAUUUUCACUGUGGCAUUCUCGAUGUGUGGAAGAUGGUUGGCAUCGGGUGGUGCGGCCGGUGAGCUCAUGGUAUGGGAUAUAGCAACUGGUUCGCCCGCUGCUAUCCUACCUCCUUCGCACACUGCUCCUAUCCAUGCGUUGGCGUUCAGCCGGGACGGAACUAUUCUAUCUUCUGGAUCACUCGAUUGCAACAUCAAGCUUUGGGACUUUACAGCUAUCACAGAUGAAGCCACUGGUGAAGAGCCAGGCAGUAGCAAUGGACUUAAAGAAGACAAAUUUCUUUUGAGAUCAUUCCCAACGAAAAACUCUCCAAUCAAAUGUCUACAUUUUACUCGACGCAAUUUGCUUUUAGCUGUUGGUACAUAUGAAGGCAGCUCAUAAUGUGCUAAGUUUUAAGUCUAUCUCAAAUGUACAGCCACAAUCGAGACUAGUUAGGUUAUUUGAAGCUAACUAUACACCAGAUUGUAUUUUUUCACUACCAUGCUGAAAUGUCAAUAAAAUCAGUUAAAUCAAUGAGACUUGCACUACUCAAUGAGAACACACUUAAUUGGUAAAACUAUGUAUCACAUGAAAAGAUGAUAUGCCAUACAAUCUGUAACCUUAAAAUUAGUCAAACCAAUGAACAUUUUCAUUUAGUUUUAAAACCGAAUAGUUUUACGUAACGCUUUUAGAGAGUCUGCCUAAGUUACAAGGGAUCCAGCAUGAUGAUCUAAUAGAUUAUAAGACAAAUAUUAAAUGAAUAAAUUUUUAUGGACAGAAAAAAUAUAAGUUUUAUUUCAUCAGUUAUCCUUAAGCCUAUUACAAUAUUUGAAGUAAAUAUGAUCUCUCUGAUGUUAUAAAUUGUAUCAUCAAAUUCAAAAUGGAUUCAUUACUUCGAGACACUUGAGCUUUCAUUGCUUGCUUAAAAUCUUCUUUGACUCCUUUAUCUGCCCCUCUAGUACCGAUUCUUCUUUGCCCUAAAUGCUGCUGUGAAUUGGGUAAUAUAUCUAGAGCAAUAUUAUUGCCUUGUUCAUUCCAUAUAAAACUAAGCUCUUCUAGAAUAUCAAUAUGUAUAAUAUAUGCUGAAAAUAAGUGAUAAUGAAACACUCCUUUUUGUUUCAUUACAUCUAAUAUAUGGAUGAAUAUAGCUUCUUCCUGAGGCCAGCCUAAUUGCAUUAAUACCAACAUAUGACCAUAUGUCAAAUCUGAAGUGUUACCAGUACUUAGCAAAAUUCUUAUCAGUAAAGUACAAAAAUAAUGCAUUAUAGAUAUUUUAGUUAAAGGCAAAUAAUGUAAGUGCCUUGAUUUACCACCAAUUAUAAGUUCAGUUUCUAAAACGCCUUCAGUAUGUGGUAAUUGCGGCAACGCUGCUAAUAUGCUUUCAAUACAGGCAGCAUACUUUUUCUGAAAGUAAUGGAUAGAUGCUCUAAUAAUGCAUGCUGUCAAAUUGUUGGAUGUUGCUGGCGGCAUGGCUUCUUCGUAUCGCCCUCUAUAUAAUGCUAAUUCAUCAACAAAUCCUUCGGACCAUGGUUUUGCUUGCAGUUGGUUAGCUAACUUUGCAAACUCACGUGAUAUUACUUCAUUAGUAUGUAGUAGCUCCCAACAACUUGCUGCUGCUUGAAACUGGUGAGCUGAAAUUCCAGUCACGUCAAUGUCACCUUUUCUUUUUUUAGGAGGUGGUAUAUCAGGAUCAGAGAAUGCUUCAACCAAUAUAUGAUUACCUUUCAAGGAUUUUUGUUCAUAAAGGGAUCUCAAGAAAAAUGUUAUUCCACUAUAUAGGAGUUGUCUACAGUCAUCACAAUUCCUUAAUGACAACAACUUUUGAAAAUAUGUUUCCUUAUUCAAGCUAUUAUUAUAAUUGACCAGAAAAACAUCCCAACCAAGUUGCCUUCCCAAUAAAUCCAAUACACCAUAUAGUCUUUGCCAUGGAUCAGUAAUAUCAUGCUCAGAUUCAUCAUAAAUAUAGGAGUUAUAAAAAUCAAUAGCUUUAAUUAAUAAUCUUUGCAGAAGCCUAGGUGAUUCAAGAGAACUUAACAAUGGCAAAGUAUCAACAACAAGUAAACGUGCAUAUCGAUUAUCAUAAAAAAAUUUAUCAGUAUUUAUUAAAGUCUUAACUAAGCUAUCGACUCCCAAUUGUGGAAAUUUCUUCAAUAAUAACACCAAUAGACGGCAGUGCUCCAUAGUGUCAUCGCUAUUUUCUACACUGGUUUUCAAAAUUGUCAACUGAAUUUCAGGAACAAUUUUGUCAAACAUAAGACUUAAAAAACUGGUUUCCGAUGACCUAAGAGCGUUUGCUAUUGCUGAUAUUUCAGGGAGUAAGUCUGAAAGAUUUUGUCUCGACAUUAUUAAUGAGGUAAAGCAUUCUGCAGCUUCCUGGACAUUUCCUGAUUGUUUUUCCAUCUGAUAAGCUUCAAAUUGAAUUUUAAAAUUAGUUGGAAAUAGUGUUUUCGCUGUUAACAUCCACGCUUUGGCAUAAUGUAAAUUUUGCUUCUGGGCUUCCUUAGCCCGCAUGAUAAUAUAGUCUUCAUCAUUCAGGGCAGCUUCAAUACUAGGCAUGUUGGAAUUAGAGACACAUUUACCUAAUUAAUAAAUCAACCACAAACUACGUAAAUCCAAUCAACUCAGCAACAAAUAGCGCACAGACUGAAAUAGCGGGACAGGGCAGGGACAGGCAGGGUGACCAUUUCAAAAAU